AUGGGUCUAUCAAACGAUGAACGUGGAUGGGUCAUGGCAAGUGUCAGUGGUGCUGCAUGCAUCAUCGGAGCCUCCAUCAUUUGUGUCGACAUAAUCGUCAGGAAGUUUCCGAGCAAACCCAACUUCAGGAUACAGGAUAGUGACAUAUUUUUGUCAUCGUCGCUCAGCUUGAGUUUUGGUGUUAUGCUUUUCUCUGCACUUUUCAGCAUGAUGCCCUCGGCCAAAAGUUCUCUUCAGAAGGGUGGAAUGUCACCGAAAGCAGCUGCUUGGAUACUGAUAGGUUGUUUCCUGGGAGGUGCUCUCGGCAUUCAGGUCAUCAGCCGACUUGCUCAUCUGUUUAUGCCAUCUCAUGUGGUGGACUGCGAACACUCUCACGACGAGGAACAAGCUGUCAAGGAGCCUUCUGAGGAAGACGGACAACUACGUCAUGAGCAGGCACAUCCUCCAUCUCACGACCGCUCCCACGGCGGAUCCAAUUCUACCAUCAAGCAACAUGGUGAACACGUUCACAUUCAAAGACCUAAAAUCGGCACACGCAAAUCCACCUCUGCCGCGGUCAAUGAGAACGGUGCUGUCAAUCUCCCUCCAGGCAAAAGCUUGUCCAGAAGACCCUCGCUACAAGCUCGUCUAAGUCAGACACUGUCCUCAAUUGCUUCAAGAUCUAAGUCGUCUUGCGAUUGCGAUGGUCCCUGUUAUGGAUUUAGUGAGCCGUGCGGCGCAGAUUGUUUCAAGAAUAUGCAAACAAGGCAGGCAAGCACUCGGUCAAUCAUUCGUCAACAAUUACUACGUGGUGAAUCAGCCGCCUCGGAACAGACUCCUCUACUGCAAGGUAUUAGAGAGGAGACUGCUCCCCGCCCUGGACACCAGAAUCGUGUGGCUUCGGAUACGGUCCUGCAAACCAAGAGAUCUAACGGCAUGCUCAAUCUCAGCAACCCCGACGCUGUGGUCGAGGAGGAGUCAGAUACGCAUUCACUUCAGCACACAAAGUCCCACGCUUCACUAUCGAGCAACCAACAGCAAUCCGGCGAGCAGCAACGCCACCAUCAUCACGUCCCGACCAAUGUGUUCGCGUCCAUCGGUCUUCAGACCUCGAUCGCAAUCGCUCUCCACAAAUUGCCCGAAGGCUUCAUCACAUUCGCCACCAACCACGCGAAUCCCAAACUUGGCUUUUCCGUCUUUCUCGCUCUGUUCAUCCACAACAUCACCGACGGAUUUGUUCUCGCUCUACCCCUCUACCUCGCCAUCAACAACCGCGCCAAGGCAAUGUUCUGGGCUUCUCUUCUUGGCGGUGCCUCUCAACCUCUUGGUGCAGGUGUCGCUGCACUCAUCUUCAAAAUUGCCGGCUCUAAGAAUGUCGCAAUCAGUGAGAACUUCUAUGGAGCCAUGUUUGCGGUCACUGCCGGCAUCAUGGCUUCUGUUGCAUUACAGCUUUUCGGUGAGAGUCUUGAACUUACGCAUAAUAGAGGCCUUUGCAUGAUCUUUGCAUUUGUUGGUAUGGGUAUCUUGGGUUGUAGUUCGGCGUUGACUGCUUGA